CAUUCUGCAGUGGAGAUGCACCCCCCAGUGUUGGAAGAUGUGAAUUAACUCUGAUUCUUUUCCGUCAUUUAUGAAUUUCCUCCUUCAUCGACCAAAAGACUAAGCUGCAUUUGUGGACUACGAUCCCCAAGAUGCACUGGGAGUUGUGGCACGUCAAAAGUGACCUCUGAGAAGUAGGUAGUGUACAGUACUUUCCUGGCUGCAACCGGCAAGGACAGAAUCAGCUGGCUGGGUGUCCAGGGCUGCAGUGACAUUUGGAGCUAAGGCUAGAGCGGCAGCAGCAGGACCAAAACCCUCCCUCUUCUCCCCCUGCAGUCUCAGGCUCUUCACUUUCUGCUUAGGCAACACCAGCACCAUCAGAAACAGCCACACAUCUCAACUGACACUGUGCUCUCCCCCUGUUCCUGUCAAAGCUGUUCCUCUAGUUUCUUGGUGAUGGCUGCUGAUGUUUACAAGCAGAAAAGUGGAGAUGUGCCCAAUGGAUCAUUAGUCCCACCAGACAGACAACAUGUCGAGAGAUCAGAAAGUCCUACACCAGGGUUGGCUCAGGGAACAGAGCCAGGAGCAGGCCAGGAGGGAGCCAUGUUUGUUCAUGCACAGUCCUAUGAGGACCUGACUGGCACAGAUAAUCAGGAUGUCAUUCCCCGGAGCCCCGAUCAGAUGGAAGGGGCCCAAGAUGAGCUGACAAAGAUGGAAGAGAUUAGCAAGGAUUUCAGUGAGUUAAGUACGCAGCUCACUGGUAUAGCGCUGGAUCUGGAAGAAGAGAUACGGCAGAAUGAGGAGGAUAAGCUGGACCUCUCACCACAGGCUUUACGCCGAGAUUCAGUCCUAUCUGGAGAGGAGGAGGAAGAUGUCACCAUGGAGGCUUGGCGAAUGCACCAGAAGCACGUGUUUGUUCUAAGCGAGGCAGGAAAGCCAGUGUAUUCCCGCUAUGGGUCUGAGGAGGCACUAUCCAGCACCGUGGGAGUGAUGAUGGCUCUAGUGUCUUUCCUAGAAGCAGAGAAGAAUGCCAUCAGGUCUAUUCAUGCAGAUGGAUAUAAGGUGGUGUUUGUGCGCAGAAGUCCACUGGUGCUGGUCGCUGUGGCUAAAACAAGACAAUCCGAGCAAGAAAUCGCUCAAGAACUCCUUUAUAUUUACUAUCAGAUUGUCAGUCUUCUGACAUGGACCCAGCUCAACCGCAUCUUCCAACAGAAGCAGAACUAUGACCUCAGGAGACUGCUGGCAGGCUCAGAGCGUAUUACAAACAACUUGAUAGACCUAAUGGCCAGGGACCCCAGCUUCCUGAUGGGAGCUGCCCGCUGCUUGCCUAUGCCUGUGGGAGUCCGGGAUGCAGUGAGUUCCUGCCUCCAGCAAGCCAAAGCCAAAAGUCUAGUGUUUUCCAUCCUCCUGUCCAAGAGCCAGCUGGUGUCUCUAGUGAGAAAAAAGGACCAAUUCCUACACCCAAUUGACCUCCACUUACUUUUUAACCUCAUCAGUUCCUCCUCUUCUUUUAGAGAAGGAGAGGCCUGGACACCCAUCUGCCUGCCCAAGUUCAAUUCCAGUGGCUUCUUCCAUGCCCACAUUUCGUACUUGGAACAAAACACAGACUUGUGCUUGGUCCUGAUCUCCACAGACCGUGAGGACUUUUUUACUGUGUCAGACUGUAAGCGCAAGUUCCAAGAGCGCCUGAAGAAGCGUGGUGUUUAUCAUGCUCUCUUGGAGGCACUGCACACACCUUUCUACAGUGCUUCCCAAGUAGGAAUCCCAGACCUCCGGCACUUCAUCUACAAAUCCAAGAGCUCGGGGCUCUUCACCAGCCCGGAGAUUGAUGCUCCCUAUAUUACUGAAGAGGAAAAAGAAAGACUUCUGGGACUGUAUCAGUAUUUACACAGCCGGGCCCAUAAUUCCUCCCGUCCACUGCAUAACAUCUAUUAUACUGGAUCAAAUGAAAAUCUCCUUGCUUGGGUGACAAGUGCAUUUGAGCUCUAUGUAUGCUUCAGCCCCCUGGGAACCAAAGCAACAGCUCUCUCUGCUGUCAACAAACUUAUGAAAUGGAUCCGCAAGGAAGAAGACCGGCUCUUUAUAUUAUCACCACAGACUUACUGACCACUUGACUUGUCCUCCCCAACCAAAAUUUAUUGAGCUCUUUCUCAGCACUAGUGAAGUUGCAAAAUAAUGUCUUUGCACCUCUGGCAGGACCAAAUAAGAGGAUAACAACAUGACAUGCUCAGAGGCUCUAAUGUGCCUCCUUAGUCUCAACUUGUAGGGAUGAAAAAGCACUCCACCUCAACCUCUCAGGGCUGUUGAGGGCAGUUUUUAGCAUGUCAUUGAAGACGGUGGAAAAGAAUGGCUCAUUUCAUUCUCAUUUCCUUCUUUCAGAAUGAUCCCCAUGUGCCUUAGAAGCAUGAGAGGCCUUUUCAGUUAAAAUUUUGUUAAAAGGGGGGAAAAGCAGCGGUGGGAGCUACAUAAUAUUGCCAUCUAAAGUCCAGGGGUGAGGGUUGUAUAUGCACCCCCAGACCAUGGGAAAUUGCCCACUUUUUCUGUAUUUCUCUCUUUUUUUAGUCAAUUUCUCUAUUUCCGACAUAAGUUACCCCCACAGCAAUGAAUAAGGAAGAGAAGAAGUAGGUAUGGGGAUGGGAGAACCUUAUGUCUACAUCUGAAAAGGAGAUUUGUAUUUUGUUUUGCACUUGAUUUAAAACAUGAAGACUACUGCUCCUGGAACAAACUCAGGGGUGUCCUAGCAAUAUACCUGUUUACCUUAAAAAAAUUAUCAUAAAGUGUCCCUUCUACCGUUUCCAAACUUCAUUUCUGAGAAGAUGCUGGCCUUGCCUCCAUGGUCUACUUUUCAUUCAGUCAGUGGAUAUUGUUUUCUGGCCCAGUUCUCCUGGGUGCUCAUCUUCGAUGGGAUCUGAAUUGAGCUUUGCAACUUUGUUGAGUGAAUUGAGUACAGCAGAAUUUGCAGUAAGUGUUUUUACUCCCUUCUCCCCAAAACCAUACUAUUCAUUUGGGGAGAAAUAACAAAAAAUGACUUCUAGCAAUUGGUUUUAGAGUAUGUCUCUUUUCACUUUUCCAAUUUGGAGAACACAUUUUACUUGGCGACAUCUGGGUUCCUUUAACUUAAACCCUCAAGUCUUCCUUACAGGGAACUGAAAUUAACUAAGGCAAACCAGUCAUGAUAGAGAUGGAUGUGGUAUCUGUCCCAGAAUGGUGGCAGAUUGACAUACUCAGCUGGCAAUUGUAUGUUUACACCUGGAAUAUUGUGUCCAAUUCUGGGCACCGCAAUUCAAAAGAGAUAUUGACAAACUGGAAUGUGUCCAGAGGAGGGCGACUAAAAUUAUCAAGGGUCUGGAGAACAAGCCCUAUGAGGAGCGGCUCAAAGAGCUGGACAUGUUUAGCCUGAAGAAGAGAAGGCUGAGAGGAGACAUGAUAGCCAUGUAUAAAUAUGUUAGAGGAAGUCAUAGGGAGGAGGGAGCAAGCUUGCUUUCUGCUGACCCGGAGACUAGGACGCGGAACAAUGGCUUCAAACUAAAAGAAAGGAGAUUCCAUCUGAACAUGAGAAAGAACUUCCUGACUGUGAGAACUGUUCAGCAGUGGAACUUUCUGCCUCAAAGUGUGGUGGAGGCUCCUCCUUUGGAAGCUUUUAAACAGAGGCUGGAUGGCCAUCUGUCGGGGGUGCUUUGAAUGCAAUUUUCCUGCUUCUUGGCAAGAGGUUGGACUGGAUGGCCCAUGAGGUCUCUUCCAACUCUAUGAUUCUAUGAUUUAAUAUCUGAUUGAUAAUUGCUUAAUGAUUUGCUACAGCUAUUUCCUUGUAGCGGAGAGUUUGAUAGCUGGACUUACUUCAGAUGAAGCACAGCCAUUAGUUCUGCAAGUAUCAUAGCCUUGGAUCCCUGUUUCAGACAAUUUGUUCUUCCAGAAACUCAAAGUAGAAACAGUUUCACUCACGUAUUUUCCUUUUCCUAUCACAUGCUUCUCAAUCCUUCUUCACCCACUGCCCUUUCUCCUAUUUUCUUCUUACACAUAACCUUGUUUCCAGAGACACUGCUGGGUCUGAUUAGUCCCCAGGUAAGGGGCUUUCGGGGUAUGCAUUCUCUACCAUGUGACUGCAUUGCUUUUUAUAAAAAUGCUGGUGCCUGAUAGUAAGUCUAGCAACACUCCUCUCCUCUUCCUCUCUGGAUAUUGCUUCCAGAAUUUAAGGAGAAAGAAAGUGCUUUGUAAGCAACCAGCUUAGUCUAGGCUUCAGUCAAGUGCCAUUUUAACUGAAAAUAUUGCUAAAGGAAGUAGCAACAAAAUGACCAAACCAGAUAUAGUUAAAGAUGGCAUAAAAGCAGCAAGAUUGCUGCUCCUUUGACCAGCCAAUAUCUGUUUGGUUGAGGAAAUACUUUAAUUUAAAAGGAUGCAGUUCUCAAAGUGUGCUCUGCAGAGCCCUUAGGGCUCCACAAAGCAUACUGAGGGGCUCCACACUUCUUUUCCCCUCCAAUCUUUCCCUCAUCUUUCCUGCUCCUCCCUUUCCCCCACCUCCCUUGCCACCAAAAGCCAUUUUCCUUGCUUCCCUCACUCCCAAAAGCCUUUUCCCUCACCACCCAGAUCCUUUCCCUCUCUCCUUGCUUUUUUUACAAAACCCUUUUUUCCCACCUUUGACUCAGGGGGUGAUUUGCAUGUGCUUUUCCUGAAUGGCAGAGAAGGGUUGGACUGGAUGGCCCCUGGGAUAGCUCCUAUUACCAUAAAGGCUGGGUGGCCAUCUUUUGGGGGUGCUCUGAUUGUGCCUUUUCUGCAUGGCAGAGAUUGGACUGGGUGGCCCCAGGGGUCUUCCACUGAAAUACUGUCAAGUUUAUUCUAGUCCAAAAGUUUGCCCAUCCCUGAUACACACGCACACACACACACACAUAUAACAUUUCUUGUGGCUCCAUGAGAAACUUUUGCUUCAAAAAGGGCUCAGUGGGUGGAAAAGUUUGAGAACCCCUGCUCUAGAUGAUUGCUUUCAUUGCCGAACCACUGUCAAGACAUCCUUCUAAUGUUCAAUUGAAAUCUACUCUCUGUAACUUCAAACCAUUAGACCUCCUUCUACCUUCUGGGACAGCAGAGAAAAAUGAGAAUUUGUAUGAGGGUGUUCUGAGCAAAUAAGAAAAUGAUAGACUAAGGAAAAUCUUAUUCAGCACAAGGAGAACACCGUUUGGAGCAGGCGUGGGCAAACUUCAGCCCUCCAGGAUGUUUUGGACUUCAGACUCCUACAAUUCCUAAUAGCCAGUGGGCCCAAGUUUGCCCAUGCCUGAUCUAGAGGUCUGGAUGCAGCCACAUGAUGGCAGCAAAGGGCUGGAUGUGUGAUGGUUCAGAGCAGUGAUAAUAAACAUGAUUUU